AGCCAGCAGCACACUAAAGCGCCGCCAACCCAAGCGGCAACCCCAAUGGCAGGGGGAGCGAGCCAGAGCAGAGCAAGCAAGGGAGCAGGGUAGGGUUUGAUUUGGAUGAGCAGUUGAAUCAGCAGCAGCCAGGAGGAGCAGCAGGAGGAGCAGCGGGAGGAGGAAGCAGUGGAGUUUUCAAUGGCUGAUUAGGUUGGGUUGGGAGAGAGACCCUGGCGAGAAUUGGCGCACCCCAAGCAAGAACGUGUUCAAUCCAUGCCCGGCUUGCAAGAAUCUCCAAUGCCUCGCAUAGCCAAGCUACUGACCUACCCCGUGGUGUCAGACACUUGCCGUCCUCUCCCUCUUCUACGGCUCUAGGUCGUGAUUCACGCUCGCUUUCUGGAGCUAGUAACUCGAAUUGCCAGAGCGACCAGCGCAGCCAAGGCUUACAGUUGCAGGAGACUUUUAGCUACAGUGAAGGAUUUUGACUUAUACUUAUCACUUCAGUGAAUACUUAUCUCUGCAGUGAAAACGUAUCGCUGCACUUAAUAAUUUAGAUGCACUGAAUACUUAUGGUUGCAGUGACUACUUAUCGUUGCUGUGAAUACUUAUCACUGCAGUGAAUAAAUAUCGCAGCGGUUAUCGCUCCAGUGAAUAAACAUCGCAGCGGUUAUCGCUCCAGUGAAUAAAUAUCGCAGCGGUUAUCGCUCCAGUGAAUAAACAUCGCAGCGGUUAUCGCUCCAGUGAAUAAAUAUCGCAGCGGUUAUCGCUCCAGUGAAUAAGAAUCGCAGCGGUUAUCGCUCCAGUGAAUAUUAUCGCGGCGGGGAAGCCAUGGACGACCUCACUAGCGUCGCAGCGUUGUGCGACGCCUUAUCGCAGCAGCCGUGCGACCAGCUCAGUGCGACGCUAAUGCAGCAGCUUACUGCGUCGCCGUGCGACCAGCUUACCAGUGCAACCCCAAUGAACCUGCUCCAGCCGUCGCUCCUUCCGCAAGCGCCGCUCGACCAAUUCGGCCCGUCGUUUCCUGGAAUCGACGGCUGCACUUGGUCUCAAGACAAUCUGGACGGCUCACAGCCCUGCACAAUGGAUUUGGAGUUCGACGCCGCUUUGGCUGCGAUGAUGGCGCAAUCCGCGAAAAAGAACCCCCCCUCCGCGGAAGGUCUUUGCGCAGGUGUACCAUUACCGCAAGCAGCCUCCGCGCACGCCUCCGCGCCUGUCGUCGCGGCACCGCGUAAGGAGUUUCCGCCGAUGUCUGGCGCAAGCGUGGCGGAAUCUUUUGCGUGGGCAGCCGCGGCUGCGGCGGGUCCCGCGCGAGCGGAGCAAGCAGUAACGCGGGUGGAAGCUGGAUCUCUCGCGCACGGCGCCAGACCCUGUUCCCUGGGGGCUUUAACAAAGUCGCAGCUAGAAUUUAUGGGGGAAAUUACCCCGGAAAUGGAAGCAACACUGAGGACUUCACAGAUUGGCGUCAGUGCCGCUAAUACUGUAACGGCGGGUGCUGCUGCUAACACUAGAUGGCUGGUGGAUAGUAGCGGUGUUAUGCCUUACGCUGACGCGGUUUCAGCAGCGGAGUCUGGCAAUGCGGAGCUGCUGCUGAUGCUGGUGCUGCUGCAACAGCGCAGUGGAAACACAACAGAGCCAGCAGGUAGGAACGCGCAGGCAGUCGAGACUCCAGCGAGUCUCGCCAAUAGAGGUAGCAACGGUGGUCGCAAUGGUAGUAACGGCGCGUAUGGCAGUGGUUUUGGCUGUAACGCUGGUCAGAACCGUGGUGCGAACGGUGGUAUUUCCGGUGGUGCGAACGGUGGUAUGCCAGGUGGUUGGAACGGUACUCCCGGUGGUGCGACCGGUGGUAGCAACGGCACGAGCAGCGGCCGCAGUGCAAUGCACCCGUUCGACGUGAUGCUGGGAAUGGAGCGACCGAACCCCGUGAAGCCGACCCCGCAGUCGCGUACCAUCGAGCCACAUAACUCCGCGCAAGCAACUCGCUCCAUUGGCGUUGCAGCAGCAGGCAGCAGUGACCUUGCAGGUAGACCAGGCUGGGUGGACAGAGGAGGUCAGGCGAACGGACAGGCGGCAGGAAAGGCAGCAGCAGCACCUGCAGCACCCACAGCAGCAGCACCCGCAGCACCCGUAGCAGCAGCAGCAGCCGCAGCAGCAGCAGCGGCAGGCAUGGCAACAGUAGCAAGCCACGUGGAUGGGGCGGAAUCGGAUGCUGCAGUCGGGAGGCUUCUGCUGGAGUGGGUCGCCAUGCACGGCCCGCCCGUUCCCCCGCCUGCUCCGCUGCCUGUUCCGCUGCCUGCUCCGCCAGUCAUUCCACCCCGCCCCAUUCCCCCAGCCUCAGGCCUCCUUGCCAGUCCACACCGGGAAAAGGAGGGAAGCGGUAUGAGCGGUUCUGGGGCGGCGGAUUUAGGGGCAGGGAGGGGGGAGGAAGGAGUGUUCGCUUGUGUCUCUAUGCCGGCCUCAAAGGACGCUGUUGCAGCUGAUGCUGCUGGCGGUGAUGCUGCUGUCGGUGAUGGUGCUGGUGCUGAUGGUGCUGCUGGUGCUGCUCGUGCUGGUGGUGCUGCUGGUGCUGCUGGUGCUGGUGGUGCUGGUGGUGCUGGUGGUGCUGGUGGUGUGGAUGCUGCACGCUGUGCUGCUGCGUUGGAACAUGAGGAGGACGAAGGAAGCCGGAGGCGGAAUGUGGAAAGCAUCAAUGGGCCAGGCAAUAACCGUGGCGGAAAUCUGCUGCUACAGAUGAUACAAGACAUGGAGGAGCAGCAGCAGCAGCAGCAGCACCAGCACCAGCACCAGCAGCACCAGCAGCAGCAGCAGCAGCAGCAGCAGCAGCAAGAGGAGCAAGUGGAGCUGAAGCACGAGCAAGAGGUGCAGCAAGGAUAUCAAGAGCAACGGCCGUGUCAUGGGGAUGUGGCGCCAUGGGCUGGUUUGAACGGUGGGGCAGUAAUGAGGACGUUGAGUGCGGUGGGCGUGGGUGAGAGCAAUGGCAGAGUGAUGCAGCAGCUGCAGGCGAUGCUGGACGCGCAGAGGGAGGACGAGAAGCGGCAGCAGAGCCAGCAGCAGCAGCAGCAGGAGGGCCGGCUCCCACUCCUGCAGCAUUUGAAGCAACAAAUCCGGAAGCAGCAGCAGCAGCAGCAACAGCUGCAGCUGCAAGAACAGCCACCCCCCCAACCACCCACCCAGCCUUUCUCCCAGCUCGGUGCCCAAGCAAGGCUUGUCAACCCCCUUCCAGCCCCCGAGCCGCUGCCUAUAGGCCAGGUGGGAGGGGUAAGAGGCAGGGACUCGGAUCCCUCCGGCCCACCGUUUUCGCCCUUCAAGCAAGUGCGGGUGCAUUCUCAGGUGACUCAGAAGUCGCCCUCCAAUGCAGCUCUGCCUCUUCACGAAUCAUCCCUUCCACAAAGGACGAUUAAAGCACCUUCCGCCAAGCUGGCCCGCCGCGCCCCCGACCUGUCAGCGAGACUCAAGUCCCUCCUUGGGAGCAUCAGCACCUCCCCUCCUGCCAACCAAUACCGCCCUGCCACUUCAGCAGGCGAUGUGCUGUCAGCGUUACCGGCAGCAGCAGGAACGGCAGACAUUUUACGAGAGCGUCUGUCAAGUGACCCUGUGCCGGCGGCUGCUGCUGCUGCUGGUGCAGCUGGUAUGGGUUCGGAAGCAGGUUUGGGAGUAGGCUCGGCAACAGGUCAGGAAGCAGGCAGGCACAGUGUGACUGAUCCGGCAGAAGCUGGGAGCACGGCAGAGGGGAGCGAAGAUGCUUAUAUGGAGGGUCAGGAGGACGGGGGAGGAGACAGAGUGACUGUAGGGGGCGCAAGCAUUGCAGGGACCAAUGCAAGCCUGGACUUCCCAAAAGACUCGCAGUAUGAGCACUGGCAGGAGCAGGUGGGGGCGUGGAUGGCCGCAGGUGUGAUGAAUGGAGGGAAGCAGCAGCAAGGGCAGCAGAAGCUGAGGCGCAAGCGAGGGGGGAUGAGCCUGGAGCGGCAGCAGGAGGAGGAGAGGAGGCAGGAGAGGAAGCUUCUUCAGAAAAUGCUGCAGAUUCUCCCGCACAGGCAGGCUCACCAGCGGCUGCUGCAGCAGCAGCUGCCGCUGAGACAGCAGCAGCUAAAGCAAAACGGCAGUGAUAAGAAUCUGAGCAGCAACAGCCCACGCAGCAGAAAUGACCAGCGAAGCAGCAGGAGCAAGAGCAGCACUAUGGAAGCAUCUUCAGCUGUGCUCUCCAUCCCCAGCCGACCACUGAAACUGGAUGUUUCUGGGCUGCUUCCUGGCAUGGUGGACGGGGGGAGGGAGAGACAGCUGUGGUCGCAGCUGUCCGCCCUGGCUGAGGCUCUCACCACCGACGACACGGUGCGCUGGCGCUACUUCAUGCGCAAGCUGCGGAGGGAGGCGUCAGCAGAGGGGGACACGCUGCAGCGCAUCGCCUUCCAUGCGCUCGCCGCUCUCAAUGCUCGAUCAGACGGCUCCGCCAUCCAGCAGUUCAACGCCCCCCGUGCUGUCUCUGCCGAGGGGAUCAUGGAGCUGAUGGGCCAUGACAGUGCUUACAGCGUGCCAUCCUUUAUGGAGUACAACUAUGCAGCGCAGGUGCAUGAGAUUACCCGAGCGUUCAUAGAGCCUCACAAUGACCGACCCCUCUCCUCCUCACACACCUCCUCCCACCCCGCCUCCUCGCUCUGCAACGCCGCUGCACCAGAACUGGGUACAGCAGCAACAGCACCAGAACCAGCUACAGCAGCAGCAGCAGCAGCAGCAGCAGCAGCAGCAGCAGCAGCAGCCGCAGCAGCAGGGGAGGCAGCAGGUGGAGGGGCGAGCAAGAGGAGGUCGGUGCGGCGGCGGCGACUGCACAUCAUAGCGCUAGGCUUCUAUGCCGGGCCCAACUGGGUCAACAUCCUCAUGCGCCUUGCCGCCCACUUCUUUGGCCCCACCACCCCGCCCACUUCCCAUGUUCCUGCUGCUGCUGCUGCUGCUGCUGGUGCUGCUGCUACUGACGUUCCUGCUACGGCAGCUGCUGCUGCUGGUGCUGGUGCCACACCCUCCACUGAAACCAGCACCAAGACCAGCACUGAAUCUGCUGCAGUGCCACGUCCAGCCAGCAACCAGAAGAUCGAGAGCAGCACCCAGUGCAGGAGCGAGAGUGAGAACAUAGCUGGUGCCUGUGGUGGUAGCGGGCAUGGGAUGAGUGCAGUUGGCUCCACCUCGACUCGGGGUGCUGCUGCUGCUGCUCCCUCCUCCACCCAUUCCCCAGUUUCGUCCACCACUCCCUUGGGCUCUCCACCCGCUACCACUAGAUUUGCACCACCAACCUCCGCAACACCCUCUCUUGGGGGUCCCACGCCUGCUGGACCCAGCAAAGCAGCACCCCACCCUGCAGCUCCCUCCCCUGCAGCAGAUGCUGCAGCAGAUGCCAACACAGGCACCAGCACCCCAGCGUGGGAGAAGCCAUAUCCCUCAUCUCCCACUCCCCUGCUGAAGAUCACAGCCGUCGAUUUCAACACAGUGAAGCUGGCAUCUCAACGGUCAGGAUUGGUCCAUUUGGGAGGGCAGUACCUAGAACAGGUGGCCAGGAUGCUAGAUCUGCCCUUCUCUUUCCACGGCGUUGAAACCUCCCCAGAGGAUUUCCACCCAUCCAUGGUGGAAGUAGAGGAAGGGGAGGAGGUAGUGGUGCUGGCCAAAUGGUCCCUCAACCUCUUUCCGGAUGAUUCAGUCCUCCGAUCCAACCCCCGAAACGCCAUUCUCAAGUGGAUAUCGGACCUGUCCCCCCUCCUCUUCCUCCACAUAGACCUAGAUUCUGACGCCAACGGCCCCUUCUUCCUCCCGCGCUUCCAGAACGUCGCACGCACCUUCGCAGCCAUCGUCGAGUCGCUCGACGCGUGCUUUCCACACGCCGCCGCCCCGCGCCUGGCGUGUGAGUCCUUCCUGGCGCACGACAUGAUGAACAGUGUCGCGUGCGAGGGCACACACCGGUGGCUGAGAACAGAGCGGCUGGAGCAGUGGAGGAAGAGGGUGGAGGCGGCUGGGUUCCGGCCCAAAUCGAUGCAUCGGGACACUGUGGAGGCGAUGAGAGCCGCGACAGAAGGGAGGGAUGCGCGGUUUGAGCUGAAAGUGGACGAACGGUGGUUCGGGGCGUCGGCGGAGUUGAGGUGGCGGGGCACGCCCACCGUGUUUGUGUCGGCUUGGCACUGACUGCAAGAGAGGGGGCCGGGGGGGGGGGAGGGGGGGGGGGGGGAAGGGGUAAGGGAGGGGGAGAGCUGGUGUGGUGCUGGUGGCUUGCCCGCUGGGGUCUACCGCCCACCUGAUGAAGUCGAUGUUUGGGUGAAUGGAGUCAGGGAAGCUCUGCGAAUGCUCUGGCUUCCAAGCCCUGCUUACAGUAAGCAUUCCAAGCUCUCCGCGCCAUUUUCAGAAGCCUCAUGCACUGAGCAGAGGGUACGCACGUAUUCCACACAAGCCGUUGUUUUUGUUCCAUGUUCCCCCUGCCAUCCCUGACUCACUAUGUCAGCCAUAACGUUUUGGUGUAAGGGAGUGCAUCACCUAACAGCAGGUAAGAGUUGACUACAUGUCUGCACUAGUGUUCUGCCCAUCUCGCACCAUAUUUCAAGUAUUUGUGCUGUUAUUAGGUAACAACUCUAUGAAUAAUAUUUAUGAUGAAGUAUACUCCAACUCAUGUCUCAAUUCGAUCACUCCUGCUUCCAUGUUUCCUCUCUCCAAAUCUGCGCACUGGUUAAGCGCGGCCCACAACCCUCAGACCCCCUUCAGCAGGUAAAACCCUCAGGUUCAGCCCCCUAAGCCUUACAGCCCCCCAGGUUCACCCCCUACUGCAGGUACACUCCCCCAGGUGGCCCUGGGCUCUGUGGCUUGUGGUCGCGCCUCCACCAGUGGUCCGCCCGUCUCUCCCAUUGCAUGCAGCUGUAACUUGUCUCAGUUACAACUCACCCUUAGUCCCCCCACUGCCCACUGACCAGCUCUGUCCUGGCAUGCUGCUGGCUUUUCAAGUUCUUUCUCGUUUGGAUAACCUUUCAAGUCCUCCCUUUCUCGUGCUUCCGCGUUUUCUCCCUCAAAAUCUGGCCACUGGUUGGGGUUCGGCUCACAAGCCACAGACCCCAUACUGCCGAUAUCCCCCUCAGGUUCAGCCCCCCUCACAGCCCCCCAGGUUCACCCCUACUGCAGGUACAACCCCCCAGGUCCCCUCAGGGGUCUGUGGCUUGUGCUCGUCCCUCCACCAGUGGCCCCUCUCUUCUCUCGCGUGCAGUUUUGUCAGUUACCAUUCGCCGCUCAUCCCUCCUCUGUGCACUGACCAGCGCUGUGUGUGUGCAUUGCAGGUGGAGGGGAGGGGCGUGGGGUCAACACCGACACUCCCGCUCGCCCCUCCCCUGUGGCCGUGCAGGUGCACACGUGGAAGGGCUGGGAGGAGGGCUGCCACGAGGGAGAGUAUCUGGGGUGUGGGGUUGGCCUCUCAAGGUAAGCCCAGCCCAAUCCCAGUCGCCCCUCCUGUCCCUUUCCUUUGCCUGUAUUCCGCGUCAGUCGCAGCAUGCCCUCCUUUCCUCUCUCUGCUUCUCUGCCUUCCAACCCAGCGGAGGCUCGGCUCCAAAUCCAGCCUUUUUUUCUUUCUCCUUUCUCCA